GCUGGGGUUUCUGGUCUGUGUCCCUUGGGGCUGAGAACAGCACCUAGCUUAGGGACCAGCCUUUCCCAGACAGGGCCUGGCUGCCUGUGAUCCCCCAAAGCCUUCCCAUCCCUCUGUGGCACUUGGUUAGAUCUCAGACCAUCUCCUGGCAGUUCCUUCUACAGUCUCAGCUGCACCAGGGCCCAUCUGGGUCUGUCUUGGGCAGCAAGGUCCGCACAUAGUAGGUGCUUAGCACCUACUGGGUUAUCUCAGUGGAGGGGUGCGGAGGGAAGGAAGCGCCUCAGGGUUCCAGUGACGUGAUGGCUCAGACCCACGUGCCCCUGAGCUACUCUGCUUCUCCCUGGCAGGGAACCUGGGCUCCUCAGUGGGCCUUGAGUCCUCCGCCCUGGCACCGAGACUGGGACCCUGCCAAGGUAGCUGCACCUUGCUCCAUCAAACAUAUCGGGUCCUUGGGUCCCCCACUCCCCGGACCUCAUUGGACACACCAGGGUGCCUUCAGCCGCUGCUACAAGCUGACAGACAUGUCCACCAGCACUGUGUUUGCCCUUAAGGUGGUGCCGCGGGCUGGGAGGCUUCCCUCCAGAGGAAAGGUGGAGCGCGAGAUCGCCCUGCACAGCCGCCUGCGGCACCACAACAUAGUGGCCUUCCACGGACACUUCGCUGACCGUGACCAUGUGUACAUGGUGCUGGAGUACUGCAGCCGACAGUCCUUGGCCCAUGUGCUGAAGGCGCGGCAGACCCUGACGGAGCCCGAGGUGCGCUACUACCUGCGGGGCGUGAUCGGUGGCCUGCGCUACCUCCAUCAGCGGCGCAUCGUGCACAGAGACCUGAAGCUCAGUAAUUUACUCCUCAACAAGAAGAUGGAGGUGAAAAUUGGAGACCUGGGACUGGCCACCAGGUUGGGGCCAGGGGGCCGCUGCCACAGGGUGCUCUGCGGGACUCCAAACCUCCUGGCCCCAGAGGUGGUGUCCAGAAAGGGGCACUCCUGCCCAUCAGACAUCUGGGCCCUGGGCUGCAUCAUGUACACAGUGCUGACUGGCACCCCACCUUUUGCGGCGGCAUCCCUGUCAGAGAUGUACCAGAACAUCUGUGAUGGCCACUAUCCAGAGCCUGCCCACCUGUCGCCCAAUGCCCGCCGCCUCAUUGCCCGCCUCCUGGCACCUGAUCCAGCUGAGAGGCCCAACUUGGACCACCUGCUGCAGGAUGACUUCUUCACACAGGGCUUCACUCCCGAGCGGAUGCCCCCCCACUCCCGCCACAGCCCCCCGGUCUUCACCUUCCCACAACCUCUGGGCAGCCUCUUCCGGAAAGUGGGCCAGCUACUGUCGACCCAGUGUGGACCUCCCUGCCCCUUCACCUCCAAAGAGGCCUCGGGCCCAGGAGAAGGGCCAGAACCUGACUCCGUGGACUGGGGCAGCGAGGCCUCCCUGUCUGAGAGACGGGCUCACUGUCCCCAGGCCCUCGUCCACUUGCUCACACAAGGGACCCUCCGGAGCGACCCGGCAGGUCCACAGGAGAGCCCAGAGACGGAGGUGGCAGCCGCCAUCAGGAACCUACAGCUCUGCCUGGACGCUGGCCCUGUGGCCACACAGGACCCCCCAGGGGGGCAGCAGCCCCCCCUCUGGGCUCCCAGGUGGGUGGACUACUCCAGCAAGUACGGCUUUGGCUACCAGCUGUCGGAUGGGGGCAGUGGAGUCCUGUUUCGGGAUGGCACCCACAUGGCCCUGCGCCCCCCAGGAAGCCACAUCUGCUACCUGCCCACCCGCGGGAGGCUGGAGACCUUCGCCCUGAGGGACGUGCCCCGGGCGCUGGGCGCCAAGCUGGCCGUCCUGCGGCUCCUCACCGGCUACCUGCAGAGGCGCCUGCGGGAGGUGAGCUGGGGGGCGGGGAGAGGGGCCGGCGCCCUGACGCCCUGUCUGCAGGAGGGGGCCUCGCCUGCCCCCCAGCCGCCCGCCGCGCUGGGCCUCUGCCUGCUGCGCUUUGUGGGGACCUCGCAGGCGCUGCUGCUGCUGUUCAGCGACGGGACCCUGCAGGUCAGCUUCGGUGGGCUGCAGACCCAGCUGGUGCUGAGUGGCGAGGGCCAGGGGCUGCUGCUCACCCACUGGGCGCGGGGUCAGCCAGGGGCCUCCUACUCCCUGGGCACCCUGCAGCGCCGCGAGUGUGCCCCGGCUGCCCUGCAGCACCUGCGCCGCACACUCCACCUGCUGCAGAGCUUAUAGCGACCCAGGAUCAGAGUGGACCUCCGCGUGACGAGGCUGGGGACCCAGGCUCCAUUCCUGUUUCUGCUGCUCCCCCAGAGGGAAGUCGCUGGGAGAGCGGGGGCACACAGGAGGGUGGCAGGGUGGCUUCUCGCCCCGUGGCCUGACUGUUCAACCAGACUCCCGUGGGCAUCGACUGGGGCUGGGGCUCGGUGGUAGAGCACUUGCCCGCCAUGGGGAGGCACCAGGUUCGACCCUCAGCACCGCCUAAAAUAAAUGAAUAAGAUCAAGUCCA